UAUUGGUCAAAAUAAGUUGACCUACAAAGAAUAUUAUAAAGAUAAAACGAUGAACAUAAUAGGUUGCAACUGUAUACAUGUAUAAUUGAUAGAAGAAACAACGAUGAAAUAAUAUAUUGAAUUGAUACUCAUAAAAGAGAAAAGGCAAUCUUUUAAAAUAAAUCACUCGAUGAAAGCAGUCAAAUAUUUACUGAUAACAGGCAACCGAUUGGUACAUAUACGAGCUCACUAAUGCAGAGAAGAUUCAGAUUAGUUUUCAUUCUUGAAAACGAAAGACGUGUUUUUUUUAGUUUAUGGUGAAAGAAUCGCCAAUAAAAGAUGAUUAUAUCAUAUAAAAAUUUGAUAUUUUUACUGAGUGUUUUGCACUUCAUCGCUGCAAAAGAAGUUGGAAGCAGACGAACAAAGCGUCAAGUGCUUCAUGGUCAUGCGGAGUUCGAUCGUUUGGUUCAAAAUUUGCGUACCGCCGCUACCAAUCAACCCAAUCAGCCGUACUGUUUUCACAGGCAUAUGAGACCGUACAGUGACACUAAUUUUCCUUUCGUUGAAAUAAUUGAACGAAAGGACACUAACAGAAUAGGACAACCACUUUACGUUACCGAGUAUAUGAAAGCAACUAUAAAAAAGUCUCAUACCGGCCGUGAUCGUAGUAAGGAAGCACGUAUUCCAGCACACAUACAAACUUAUUUGGAUUUCUGUGGUUUCAUACAUGGUGCAGGAAAUCGUGACCCUAACGCCGACCAAGCUGGUCAUUUGUUGGCUUUUUCCUUGGGCGGAUCGAAUGAUGAUACAUUCAAUUUUGCACCACAGACCGCUCGGCUCAAUACUCAGACCCCAGCCUGUCAUUCCAUUUGGUUUGGCGAAGAAUUGGCCAUGAAUGAAUUUUUGAAGGGAGGAGCCAAUCGUAAGAUAGAGUGGGAAUUACUUGUCAUACAUCCACCAGUGACGGCAACCGGAGAGUCUCGUUUGCGGCCAAUCCGUUUCUGUAUGAGACAUCAAAAUUUCAAUGGCAAUGCCAAGGUUGAUAAUCAUAAUAAUCCAAUUACUCAACGUGAUUCUGUUAUGUGCUUCAGCAAUGAUGCUGACGACGAGUGUCGAUACGACGAAAUGUGAACAUAAUUUCUUAAUUUCAUUCGAUCCAUGGGUGUUGAAACGAGUUUCAAAAAUCGUAACAAAUUU